ACCAAGUACCGACGUAAAAUGCGAGUACAGAUAAAUUAUUAAAAAAUGGUUUCUAGAAAUCGUUUGACGUUUCUGCUACAGAUUAUAUUAGUACCAGCGAUAGUGUAUAUUUGUAAAAAUGCAUAUGACGAAUAUUCUCGACCUAUGGUGUUGACGAAAAACGGCUGGGUCAGGGGACUGACGUCAGAGGAUGGGGAUCAUGAUAUGUUUUUGGGGAUACCAUAUGCGAAAGUGAGAGAGGAUAAUCCGUUUGGAGCUGCGGAUCCUUACCCAAAAUACGACGAUGUCUUCGAAGCUGUUGACGACACCAAAAACUGUCCUCAACGAGAUGAGAUAUCAGAAAUAGUUGGAGGUUCUCUAGAUUGCCUCAGAGUUAACAUAUACGUACCUAAACCGCGUCAAGAGAAAAUGCCCGUUAUGGCUUACAUAUUAGGGGGAAAAUUUCUAUUUGGCUUUUCGGGAACUUUCCGCGAUGGACGUAUGUAUGGUCCAGAGUAUUUAGUAAGAUAUGGUGUGAUAUACGUCGUUUUUAAUCAUAGAGCUGGCGCGUACGGGUACAUGUGUCUCGGCACUCCCGAGGUACCCGGUAAUGCUGGCUUGAAGGAUCAAGUUUUAGCUCUACGUUGGAUAAAAGAGAAUAUCGAAGCGUUUGGAGGUGAUCCUGACAAAAUAACCGCUUUCGGUCACAGCAGUGGCGCAAUAAGCUUGGAUUUCCAUGUAAAUUACUUACAAGAGGACUUAUUCCAUCAAGUUAUUAUACAAAGUGGCAGUAUUUUGGUGCCAACUAGCUUAGAACCAGUCGAUAGGAGUGUACCCAUAAGGAUAGCUGAUAAAUUGGGCUUUAAAACAGAUGACUUUCAAGAAGCAAUUGAAUUUCUCACCAAGCAAAGUACAUCAGCGAUUGUGGCAGCUGAUUUCAAAUUGGGGAUACAACACAGACCGUGUGUUGAGGAAGAAUUUGGCCCUGAUAAUUAUAUAACUAAAUAUCCGAAGGAUAUAAUACCGAAUGUAAAAAAUAGAAAAAUAUUAAUGGGCCACACUAGAGACGAAGCUGGUAUGAUGCUAUCACCUCUACCAGCCAAAUAUUUUGAGAGUCUUGCAGUAUUUAAAGACAGUAUAGCACCUAUUUUUGAUUUUGAUACGAGUGAAGAAUUAGAAGAAGUUUGUGAAUAUGUUAAACAAUAUUACAUUGGUGAUGACGUUAUGAGCGGGAAGUUUAAGGAACACGCAAUAAAUGCCAGCUCGGAUAUUGUGUUUAGCUAUCCUAUGCAUCGGCAGAUGGCAAGGUACAUGGAGUAUGGAGCGGAGAAGAUCUUCUUCUACGUAUUCUCCUACGUUGGGGCUCGGAAUCUCUAUAAAUCCUUCAUGAAAGCGAGUGUAGGAGGAGCCAUGCAUGCAGACGAGAUCGGAUAUCUGUACGAGCCAUACUUCUUCAAGAAGCACAAAGCUCCGGAAGAUAUGCUGAUGGUUGAUAGAAUGACUAUGCUCUGGACGAAUUUUGCCAAAUACGGAGACCCAACGUUCACAACAUCUGAAAUAUUACCAACAAAAUGGCUGCCCAUAUCCAACGACAACAGGGCAUACUUCCUCAUAGACAAACACAUGCGCAUGGACACAGAGAUGCUAGAACGAAUGGAGUUUUGGCGGGAACUGUAUGACACAUAUUGGGAAAAUAUUAAAGAGUAUCUUCUAACAUGAUGAACUCUCAA